AUGACUAUGUAUGCUAAUAUAGAAUGUAUUCUUGAUAAUUUUAAAGCAACAUAUCCUAAUGAUUCAUUUUAUGUUUGCAAAUAUAAAGCACCUGGUGGAACUUCUUUCUAUCAUGGCAAAAAAUUACUUGAAAUUCAAUUGAAAGAUCAAGAUUGGUUAACAGUUCAUAAAUUAGUACGAUCAUUAGGUACUAAUGUCAAUGAUAAUGAAGUUAAACAAAAAGCAUUACCAAUAAUUAAUGAUACAAUUAAAAUAACUAAUUAUGAAACGCGAUGUGAUCGAAUUUGUGAUAAUUUAAAGAUGAUCUUUCCUAACCAUCAUGUUAAUGUAUUUAUUUAUGGUAAUGAUUGGCAAUGUGCAUAUCAUAGUAAAGGCAAAGCUAGCUUUAAAAAAGAUUAUGGUUCGGAUGUUUUUAUUGUUUUAAGUUGA